AUGUUGUCUCACAACGGCACGAAUAUACACCCACAGCCGCAGCCGCCGCAACCGCCGCAACAGCUGCCGCGACCGCAUUCGACCCCAGUCAAGAGAAGGAGGCGAACCGGUAACGGCCCUAGCGCGCGUGCAUGCCCUCACUGCGGGCGUACUUUCAAGCGCACCGAGCACUUGGAGCGCCAUGUUCGAACACACACCAAGGAAAAGCCCUUUAUAUGUCGAUGUGGGGCAGCCUUUGCUCGGCGAGACCUCUUGACCCGCCAUCAGCGGAUCGCCUUCCACGAGGAUGGAUCCGAGUCCCCAGAGGGUCAAUCGGAGCCGGACUCCGGGGAGAACCACAGCCCGGUUGAAGCUGACCUGGCCGCUGCUGUGUCCCUUUCAGGAAUGAGCGUGGACCAUUGGGCACAACAGCCACCUGUAUCGUCUGCAGAUCUGUAUCCCAUGGCGGUUCCAAGAAACGGUGCUCUUGUAGAUGCUUCGUAUCAGCAGAGUUUACUCACGGACCAGUUCUAUGAAAACGGCAACCAGGAUGCUGUAGGAUUCGACGCCCAUUUCAGAGAGUUCGCCAACUUUCUCGAUGGUGUUGGUCUGCCAGCGGAAUGGAGUCCAUACUUCCAUGGCCCUGAUCGAGAAAAUGAGGUCCCGGACUCGACAGUGAAGGAAUCGAGAGAGGGCACUGCUACACCUGGUGCUCGAAACAGCAGAACCCGUCCGGGCACUCCGUUCAGUUCAUGGCUACCGUCAGCGCCUACAGGUAAUCGCAUAUCCGAGGCCCUGCCAGACACAAACCAUCGGUCCAUCGAUACCGAGUCGCAGCCGUACCGUGUCUCGGAAGAGCAGCGGUUCCGCCUCAACGCUUCCAUAGAGACGUUCCGAGACCUCCUCGGCCCGGAGUUCAAAUUUCCUUCCCGUCAUGCUCUCACUCGCUACAUGACUUCUUUCUUCGAAGGUUUCCAUUCCCAUAUGCCUUUCAUCCACACUCCGACAUGGCGGAUAUCUGAGCACUCGCUGGAGCUCAUACUCGGCCUCGCCGCUGUUGGAGCUCAGUACUGCUUUGAGCAUCGCAUGUCCGAGAGACUGUUUCAUGCCGGCAAGGUCAUUAUGUUGGAGAGACUUGUGCACGAGUCUGACAAAUUUGGAGCCAGGGCCGGCUCUUCCCUAAAUCUUCACAGUGCGUCACCCCAGCGCCGCGAAUCAAGGGGCAUUCAAGAGAGGGACUGGGGCUCAUGGGAGCCCGUGGAGACGGUGCGAGCUCUGAUUGCUCUUAUGGGCUAUGCUACCUGGGAACCCAAGGUGUCGCUAAUGCAAGAAGCGUUUGCUUUACAAACGUUGCUGGCACAGGUUCUCCGUGAAAUCGGACUGCACGAAGAGAACGAGUCAGAACUGAGUUCAGAAAAGAACUCACCACAAGCUUCUUGGCAUGCCUGGGUACGAAAGGAGUCUACGCGUCGGGCGAAGCUCAUCGCCUUCUCCUUCAUGCACACACACAGCAUUGCAUACAACGUGUACCCUGUUCUGCGAAGCAACGAGGUCGGCCUUCGGCUGCCGUGUUCUACUGGCGAGUGGAAAGCACAAACUGCAUGUCAAUGGCAGAUUGCUCGCCGCGAGGCUGGGAAGCAACAGCUCUUCUUCCAAGAUGCUCUAUCGUUGCUUUUGCGGAACACGGACGGCACAGCGCCUGUCGACCCCAUCCCGACACCCCUGGGCAAUUAUAUUCUCUUGCAUGGUCUGCUCCAGAGGAUAUAUAUCGUCCGGGAUCUUUCAUUGCCAGUUAUGGAUCACUCGGCGUCUUUACCAAGCGAGGAGGUUGACAAGCUUGAACGCGGACUCCGGUCGUGGACUGCAGGCUGGCAACAGGCUCCUGAAUCGAGCCUUGAUCCGAAUAAUGAGAAUGGGCCUAUCCCCUUUACUUCCAGCUCUUUACUUGGACUGGCAUACGUUCGGAUAUACCUGCACCUCGGUCCAUACAGAUUGCUGGAGACGCGAGACCCCGUACGCAUCGCGAAAGCUAUUAGUCGGUCUCCUGCAGUGGAACGCAGCAGCGGUGUCACUACCGCGCUUCUGUAUACUGCUCACAUGCUCAGCAUUCCAGUCAGGCUCGGUGUCGACCGUGUGGCUCGCAGUCAAGCAUUUUUCUGGAGCGUCCGGCACUCGCUCUCGGGUCUCGAAUGUGCCGUCCUGCUCAGCAAGUGGCUUUCGUCUCUUCCAGUCUCCACAAGCUCAACGCCGCUUAGUGAUAGCGAAGACAGAAUACUGCAUUGGGUCCGUUGCAUCGUGGAAGAGGCCUACGACGUUGUCGACUUUGAAGACGAUGGGCUCGAGACGCCAACGGAUCGGGAUCCCGCAUCGCUGAGUCUAGCAGUCCUUAAAAUUUGGGCGCACUUCUUCAAGAGUAAUACGCAAUGGCCGUUCAUAAAUAUCAUUGGGAAGAGCCUCGAAAAGUAUCGAGAACUUCUUAUGCAUAACAGGCCGCAGCGGGUUACUUGA